AUGCAUGCGCUAUGCUGCGAAGCACAGUCGGACGCUGCAAGUGAAGUCCUGCUUGGGUACGGGCCCACAUCAUCAACAAGUGAGGUCACAACAGGAUCACCCAGCAAAUCCCAUGAGGUUCUGAAUUCCCAUAGGGUUGGCGAGGAUGAUGAGGUUGUGCAUGCGGGCUGUGAUCCUAUCCAAAAGAGCAUGCUGCUGACCUUCACCACUAGAACUGGAGAGUCAGAGGUGGAGUUCCACUCAAAGCCACUGGGCAUCCGCUUCUCCCACAUCCAUCCGUACGUGGUUACGGCCAAGGCUGACCGGCCGGAUGCUCCUGAAGUAUCGCCAGGGUGGAUCCUGACUCACGUCAAUGGCAGAAAGCUUCCCGUGAACUGGAGGCCAGCAGAAGAGAUGCUCAGGGAGGCUCUCCGAUGUCUUCCCCAAGCCACGAAGAAAUCUCAGAGACAUGCGGUGCCACCGCCCGCGCCCCGCAGAAGAUCUGUAGUGCAAGAGGCUAUCGGGAUGCCUGCACCGAAAGGACGCUUCGAGGCAAAGUCAGAGGAUUCGGCAGGUGUUUUCGAUUGGGUGCCUGCGGGCUCCCUCGAACACAGCAUCACGAAUUAUGAGGCUGUCUUUGCCGCUCUUACCUCAGUCAGCGCAUUCGUCACCCGUGUCAAUGAUGCGAGAACCUUCUGGGACGAAUCCCGCGAUGUGUUCGUGUACUGGCAGCAUCCAUCGAAGCGCUGGUCCAUCUGCCAGAGGUGGGACAAGGAUGAAGACCUCUUAGAGAAGGUGCGCAGGGGCGCUGAGCUCGGCUGGGCCUUCUUUGCCUCUCCAGGUGUUUGGAAGGAGUUCUGGCGUGGCGAGUGGAGAAAGGUCUCAGUUGCAACCCGGAAAGAGCUCAAGGUACCGACGAAUCUGAUGCAGGCGCACUACCGUUUGGGGCAGAGCAUGCUUUUCCAAGUCCCGGCGCGAGGAGGACAGCCCUCCACAGACGCGGUACCGCCUUCUUUUGCAGCUGCAGUGACGAUGGAUCCCAUAAAGCUUCAGGUGCCGGUCCAGUCUGUGCAACCUGGCGUUGCAUCGAUGCUUCCGCAAGAUUCCACGCAUGCGCUGCGAGGAAGCGUGAUUCAUUGCGACACGCCACCCCUUCCGUCGAUGCCCAGUUUCGACUGA